CAACUCAGCAAUCAAUUAAAUCCAUGUAUUUAUUCUAUGUCAAUUACACAAAGACACCGCCUGGGGCAGAGGACUGCUGUGCGCAUGCGCGGUACCCUGAGCUUUCUCCUUGUCCCACCGCAGCUGCCUUGUUAAACUCUGCAGUCGACGCACAUCGCCAGCACUUAAAGAAAAAGAACAAGACUACUCCUUGUGCUGUGCUCCUCUGAAGUGGCAAUGGUGGGGAAAGCAAAGGGCCGAGCAACGCAGCAGGACAAGGCAGGUUACAGAGACCAAUGUUUCACGUGUCACCAUGCACCUAAAGGACACGACACAAUGGCCGUCCCGCCUGCAUACGCAGACUUGGGGAAGUCUGCCAAAGACAUCUUCAACAAGGGCUAUGGUUAUGGAAUUUUGAAGCUGGAUGUAAAGACCAAAUCCCAAAAUGGUGUUGAGUUUGCCACCUCUGGCUCUAGCAACACCGAAACGGGCAAGUCGGGUGGCCACCUGGAGGCCAAGUACAAAGUCGACAAGCUGGGCCUCAGCUUCAAUCAGAAAUGGAACACGGAUAACACUUUGGCCGCAGAAAUCACGUUCGAGGACCAGCUGGCAAAGGGCUUGAAGCUUGGGCUGGACACCUCGUUUGUACCCAACACAGGCAAAAAGAGCGCCAAGCUGAACACUGCUUACAAGUGUGACUUUGUCAACGUGGGCUGCGACCUGGUGUUCGACAUGGGCGGCCCCACCGUCCACAGUGCCACCGUACUGGGCUACAAGAACUGGCUGGCGGGCUACCAGGUGGCAUUCGAUACCGCCAAGUCCAGGCUUACAAUGAACAACUUCUCUCUGGGAUACAAGGCCCGCGAUUUUCAGCUCCACACCAGCGUCAACGAUGGCACAGAAUUUACCGGCUCUAUUUACCAAAAGGUGAACAGCAGAGCAGAGACUGCGGUCCACCUGGCCUGGACGGCUGGAAGCAACAACACACACUUCAGCGUGGGAGCCAAGUAUCAGCUGGAUAAGAAUGCCUCUCUUUCUGCCAAAGUCAACAACUCCUGCUUUGUUGGAGUAGGAUACACGCAAACCCUCAGGCCAGGAAUCAAGCUAACACUCUCAACACUGAUUGACGGGAAGAAUAUCAACGGUGGUGGACACAAGAUGGGCCUGGGUUUUGAGGUGGAUGUGUAAAGAUACCGGGAAGAAGAAAUGUAAUCACGGAACAAGGAUAAAGAAGAAAAUGAAAGAGGCCAAUUAUGAAGCCGCCUAAUGGUCCAACCAGCAACACAAAAUAACAUCAUUACACACACAAAUAAACUCAGUCUCAGGGCUUGUUUCAUUGCAAUAUCGUUAAACCAGAUUGAUAGUUCAGCAACACACUGUUCAGAUUGUGCUGUUGGAAUAGAACGGAGCAAGGAAGAGAUGUGCUGCACAUAAUUGUCCAAUAAUAUCGGGCAAAUGACACAUUUUCAAAUAUAUUUUUGUGAAUUCAAAACUAUCAUGUCAUUUCCAACCAAAAGUUACCCAUUCAACAUUCACUUCAACUCACACUGUGCCCAGUGUAUUAACUUAUAUUUGUACAUACCGGUAAAUAGGAUUUAAUUCUCUUUAUAUCAAUUCAAACUUUUGCCACACUCAAAUUGCAAACAGUGAGUUUAGCAUUUUAAUCUGAAUGUGUGGCUAUAGAAUUCCAUGUUUUUAAGCAAAGAGGGAACUUUUCAUUUUUAUUUUUAUUUUUUGGUCACUUCGCCAAAUAUCUGCCGAUCAUAGAAAGUGCAAUAAAAGAUGUAUUGUCCAAGUGAGCAAGUGGACCUCUAAUUCCACCAUUUCACUUCAGUCGCUGAAAGGUCUGGUGUGUGUGUGUGUGUGUGUGUGUGUGUGUGCGCGCGUGCUUUAUAUAAGAACCUUAGUCAAAAGGUAUAACCUCAGACUGACUUUUAUUUAAGCAGUGGAAUUUAAAAAAAUGACAACACAAUGAUGAAUACGUACUUUUGUGCCAUAUAUCAUGACAUCAAUAAAAAACAGGUGCAAAAUUCAAAAUAUCACUCUCUUAACAUGUCAUUAUUGCAGUUGUAACGGCACGGUGAAAUUGCAGCACAGUGGCAAUAUAUUAACACAUCCCUUCAUCUCAGUAUCAAUAGAUGGAGAGAAACACAUUAAAAAAUAACCAGGCAGUGCAUCUUUUGACAUCGAGGAAGUUGUGGAAUGGAUUAGAAGUGCCCUUAAUCUGAACCUGUUUGUAGUUCAAAAUUUUACUUUAUGUCUUAAUGGAGAAAAUGCCCUAUUAAAAACCAUGUCUACGGGCAACGUGAGAUUUGUUAACACAGACAAUUGGGCCAGGUCAUUCAUGGAUGGAGUUAAAAAAGUUAAAUCUGCAACAGAGUUUUAACAAUCAAAAACCAGACUAAAAUAUCACGCAAUGUACCGUGCUCAGUGACUAUUUUUCAUGCCAGUUUGACCAUUAGCUAAGGGUUUGGCAACUAUCGCCGGUGAACAGUGUCGUAAAUCAAAUCAAAAAUGUCAUAUCACAUGACGUUUCACAACAAAAAUGACAUUUUACAGGUAUUAAGGAAGGUCCACCAAGCUAUUAAUGAAGUUUAUACGCUGUAUAGUAAAUAGUAAAUGAUAUACUGUAUAUUGUACAGUAUAUCAUUUAUGUUGUGCUUCACAAUAAUACUUAACCAUGUUUGUAAUUUCAUAUGUACCUGCGGCUAAAAAGUUGCUCUUGUUCCUGAAAUGCCCUCGAGAUUUCACAUCAAAAAUUGUGCUUUUGGGUAGAAGUGACAUGCAGC